AUGUCCGCGCUGUACCGGCUGGCAAAGAUUCAGCACGACCUCCGGACGAAUCGGCAAGCUUCCGACAAUCGAGCGCUAGUCUCUGAGGCACAGGUGGCGGCUGCGCGUACACUCACUCGAUCUAUCCUCGCUCCAGAUUCGGCAAGUAGUCGGUUUCCAAGCAAACAUCAUCGUCUGCGUCUUGGCCGUCGUCUCCCGUCCUCCAUCCUUCUCAACACGGCCCAUCUUCUCCGCCACCAUUCCAGCCGCCAUCUUCGUCAUCUCAAGCACAAUCGUGUCGAGGCUCCUCCUCGUUGCCUCGAAGCUGGACUCAUCUCGUCUCUCGCAGCGUUUUCGUCCUCUUCGUCUAUUGCCAGCUCUAUGUCUUCUCAACAGGCCGGAAAGACCAUUGGCUCCACCAAAGUCACUCUUUCCUGUGCCUUGCCGCAUCAGUUUACGAGAACACGGCGCUGCCGAGACCUGCGUAGGAGUCAGCGCCGACGGAGAAGCCAGAAGUUGCUAUCUGAUGAAUUGAUCUUGGCGCCGUCAGCUGCCUUGGUACUGGAGUCACCGCUGGAGAAGCGAAAGCAGGCCUAUGAAUAUGCUCCAGGACGUCAGGAGAGUCUUAAACUUCCUUGUAAGUAA